AUGCGUGGGCGGGCUCAAGAUCUAGCACUGUCCACCGUUGGGAUCGGACCUAAAAAGCGCAAAAUUGCCCUGACCAUUGUACUUAACGUACAACUCGGCCUUCUUGUUGGCUUGGAGAGACUCGCAGGCGUAUUUGGUUUGUCCAGAACUGAAGGAGCCAGAGAUUUGGCUGUCACAGAACUUGUCGAUUGCUUUGUUGGUGGCAUCGAGUUCGUUGCCCCAGUAGUCGCCGCUUCUGUAGCAUGAAGCGUGGACGGUUGCGAGAGGGGCGAUAAGAGCGAGGAUGGUUGUGGCCUUCAUAUUGAUAGAGUUAUGAGGGUUUUGAGGGGUUAUAAAAGAGAGUUCUGAGUUGGAAUUGAUGGGAAUGUUGAGAGAAGAUGUUUGAGUUGAUGAUGAUGGUGCUGUUGGAGC